CACGGGGGUGCUUCUCGUAGCCUAGGAGGAAGGGACGAUCCACGCUCCCAAGUGUCCACAGGCAAUCGCAGAUGGAUUCCUCCCAGUACUUACAAACGAGAUGCACUUUCCCAUGAAAACAAGAAUGACAUCGUCUUUCGCAAGGUUCGCGGUAUCCUAAACAAACUAACUCCGGAAAAGUUUGAGAAGUUGAGCGAUGAUUUGCUGUGCAUAGGGUUGGACUCUCCGACCAUCUUGAAGGGAGUGAUUUUACUCAUCUUCGAGAAGGCUUUAGAUGAACCCAAGUACAGUUCUAUGUACGCACAGCUGUGCAGGCGUCUAUCUGAAGAAGCCCCCAACUUUGAACCGCCAACGAACGCCAACGGCAGCGCUCCCAGCAUCUCUACCUUCCGCCAGCUGUUGCUUGCCAAGUGCCGUGUCGAGUUUGAAAAUCGUUCGGCCGCUCAAGAGGUCUUCGAAAGCCGCGAUGGCUCUCUUACAGCCGACGAAGAAGAGCAGCGUCAGACGGCCAAGCGUAAAAUGCUUGGCAACAUUAAGUUUAUCGGUGAAUUGGGCAAGUUGGGUAUGCUGCAGGGUGCCAUCCUCCACAUGUGUAUCCAGCAGCUCUUGGAGAGGAAGCGCCGGGGCGGCAUCCGUGAGAUGGCCGAAGAUUUGGAAUGUUUAUGCCAGAUCAUGAGAACCUGCGGCAGGAUUCUCGACAUCGACAAGGCUAAAUCCUUGAUGGAUCAAUAUUUUGACCGGAUGGCUGCUUAUGCCGUCAACCAGGAGCUGCCUUCGCGGAUUCGAUUCAUGCUGCAGGAUUCCAUCGACCUGCGUGCUAAUCAUUGGCAGCCCCGCAAAAUCGCCUCGACCGACGGGCCACGAACCAUUCAACAGAUUCGAGAAGAAGCCGCCCGAGACAGUGGUGUCUACCUACCUCCUCCCGGAUCCCACCUCAUGCAGGGAAUGCAUCGCGGUGGCAUGGGCGGUGGAGCUUCCGGUCCUGGCAUGGGAAUCAGUCCGCCUUCCGGGCUAUUCCCCGUUUCACGUUCGGGUCUUAAAGGGCCUAUCGGCAUUGGACUCGAAGACGUCUUUGGUUCCCUUCCUCUGGGAGCCGUAAGCAUUGGUACCGGACCCGGAGUCAUUCCAUCUAUGCAGGAUGGCUACGGAUACGACAGCGACUCAACUCACAACAGCCACGGACACAACCCGAAUAUGUACCGUGGACGCCCGUCUUACGGAAGCACAGGUAGUGGUGGAAGUGGAGGUGGUGGCGGCGGCGGAGGAGGCAGUUACUCUAACCGAUCGUCUAGCAAUGGCGUCGGCAACUUUAAUGGCGGUGGCAACAACAAGCAGUUCUCGGCUCAAAAUCACCACCAACAGAACAUGAACCAAGCCAAUAAUGCCAAAAAUGAUCUGCCACCACGUUUCAAGAAGAUGAUGAUGACACAGCAGAGAAGCCAAGGCAGCACGGAAGAAGUUAGUCUCCGUCCGCCGGCCAACUCGAUGGUUCACAAACCCAAACCACCGACUGUAAUCUUAUCGAAGUCCGUCACGACCAACGUUUCUUCUGCAAACAACCAUAUAACCGGACCUUUGGGUCCUCUGUUGGAUGCCGCCCUCCCUCUCACUAAUUCGGCGGCAUUAUCCAAUUCAUCCAAGACCUCUGGUAUCGGUAUAAACUUGCAAGAUAUGAAGCCCGUUGGGGGCAAAACUGUAGGUUCUACUGCUGCCGAUAAAUUGAGAUCUCCACGAAAAGACCAAGGUCCCACAAAGGAAGACAUAGUUAAGCAAGCGGAAACUGUAUUGGAAGACUUACUGAAUCAUCAGAAAGUGGAGGACAGUGUCACUGCCCUAAAGGAGAUCAAAUCCAUUGAACGGUUUUGGACCCCCGUCUUGGCUCGUCUCAUGGCCAAAGUUCUAGACAAAUCAGACUCGGAUCGCGAGCUGGUCAGUCAAUUGAUGGUCCAGCUGAAGAAGGAUUCGCUCAUAACCCCGUCUCAAUUUUUUGACGGCUACAAAGAAUUGGUCUCUCAGCUGCCUGAAAUAGAGAACGAUGUGCCUCGAGCCAAAUCUUUUGUUGCUGGCUUGGCUGCUCGCGCCGUGAUGGACGAACUUUCCACUCUUGCCGAUUUAGCUCGACCGCUGGAAGGUGGCCACCAGUACCCCUUGUUCCUCCUGACACUUCAACAGCUGCACAAGAUUCAGGCCACUGAAAGGGCCGUCCUGAUCAAGUUGUUUAACGAGUCUAAAGUUCAGCUGAUGAAUAUGCUUCCGGAACUGGAUCGCAACAAAGAUAGGCUGGGGCAAAUUUUGGACGACCGUGGACUCGGCUUCCUCUUCCCUCUGCUACGUAUUCAGUCUGAUCUGUGGAAACAGAUUCAAGCCGAUCCGACUCCCGCUCAGUUCUACAAGUGGAUCAAAGAGAAUGUCGAUCCGUCCUGCUACACGAUGCCGGGCUUUAUCUCGGCCCUGUUUGCCGUCCUCCUCAAAUAUAUCGCUCAAGAAGCGGCUCCCGGCGACGCACCUCCUACCAAUGGAACGACGGAAAACGGUUCCCUUACCACCACGGACAAGGUGACCCAAGAGAAGGAGAAGGAGCUUAUGGAGCGCUAUCGACCCGUGUUGCAGGCCUUCCUCCACGAUCAUGUCUCACUUCAAGUCACCGUCCUGCAUUCUCUGCAGGCCUUCUGUCAUGGACUUAACUUCCCCAAGGGUAUGCUUCUACGCUGGUUCGUCCUUCUCUACGAUCUUGAGAUUGUUGAAGAAGACGCCUUCCUCAAGUGGAAGGAGGAUCUUACUGACGUUACGCCAGGCAAAGGCAAAGCUCUCUUUCAGGUAAAUAACUGGCUCAUGUGGCUUGAACAAGCCGAGUCUGAUGAAGAUGAAGAUGGCGAUGCUUAACGAAAAAGACGACUCUAGGAA